AUGCCGAAGAAGUACUUGGUGUUCAUGGUGCAAGUGCACGUGAACUUCAGAAGGGCUGAACUGGAGUCUCUUGCGGAUUUGUACAAACUUGAUUCGAUCAAUUUCAAGGACUACAAGGAAGACUCACCAUUUUUCAUUGUGGAGUUGGAUAAUGACCAGCAAGCAAAAGAUUGGAUCAAAAGAUCAAUUUUAACUCGAGGGAUAUAUGAAUACUGGGGGCAAGGUAUUACAUAUGACGAGCUACACUCAGAUAUACGUGCUGGAAACAACUUUGAAGAUUAUAAAUCGUGUUACAAGAACAGUACGUUCAAGUUCGAAUUUGAUUGUUAUGGGGGGAGUUCAUCUGGGAAGCUGGACAGAGUAGCAUGCAUUGAAUCUUUCAAAUACUUGGAGUUCGAAGGUAAGAUACGUAUGAAGAACCCGGACGAGGUUUUCACGGUAAUUGAAGAGUACGAACCCAUCAAUGAUAAUGUUGCCGGAGAAAAACCACUUCGGGUCUUUUUUGGUCGAUUAGUACAACGGAGUGACCGGUUCUGUGGAGCUCUAGAGAAAUAUGACUUGAAGAAAAGACCAUAUAAGGGAACCACUAGUUUUGAAGCCGAGUUAUCUUUGGUGAGUGCCAAUAUUGCACAAGUGAAGGCGGGAACGAUUAUGUACGACCCGUUUGCCGGUACGGGCUCAUUUUUGGUAGCAGGUGGCCAUUAUGGAGCGGCAGUGAUUGGGUCGGACAUAGAUGGGAGAAUGAUUAGGGGCAAAGGGUCUCAAACCAUAAGGGCCAAUUUCAGGAAAUAUGGAGAAUCGUUACAAUUUAUAGACGUGUUGACCAUGGAUUUCACUCAUAACGCACUUCGGAGCAACCUGGUGAUUGAUACAAUCUUGUGUGAUCCGCCAUAUGGAAUUAGGGAAAGCAUCAAAGUACUAGGGGCCAAAGACCCUGAAAAGUUUGCCGGUAAAGAGAAUGUAGAGAUUAACGGUUUAAAAGCGUAUCUACAUCGGGAUUACAUUCCAACCAAGAAACCUUAUUCUUUGGAUGCAUUAUUGGAUGAUCUUUUACAAUUUGCGUCUGAGAGAUUGCCCCUUGACGGCAGAUUAGCGUUUUGGAUGCCUGUGGCCAACGAUGAGAAUAUAGAAACGGUGAUUCCAAUGCACCGCAAUUUGGAAUUGAAGUAUAAUUGUGUUCAGGAAUUUAACAAAUGGUCCCGAAGGCUUUUGGUGUAUAUCAACAGAGGUUCAGAGUAUAAUGGCCCUACCAACGCUGGAUUGGAAAGGUCAUCAAACUUCAGAGAUCGUUAUUUCAAGGGGUUCAAUUAG